CAACAGGCGCGGCGUCCUCGACACGAGGAAGUGCCUUUCUUUGCUUGGAGUUUGCUGUAGCAUCCUCGGAUAAGAGCCAUAUACCCGGAACAAAGCAAGGAACAGGAAGCGUGUAUGUGUACACAUAAUUGUACCAAGAAGUAGAACGAUUUUCAUAGUUUUCGUUUUUUUCCUUCUAUCUUCAGAAAUAAACUCGUAACCUUCAUCGACUCAAUCAUGAGCGCACAACAAGAAGCCUCAUCGUGUGGUAAAAAAAGCACGAAAAUAAAGACCGCAGCCCCGGUCGUGAUCCAGGUUGCCGGGCAGUUGCGAGGCGAGCGCGGUUGGCAGGCGACGUAUCAGAAGCAGUUCGGCGUGAAGCGGUGGAGCAAACUGCUAAAAGCACUGAACGCGAAAACGGAUCAUGUCUGCUUGGUGAAUCCAUUUCUCGGCGAACGGGAGCAAGACGACGUGUUGGACAAACUCUGCACGGCGAGCGGUUCGGAAGAGAGACAGGUGGGAACAAACCCAGCAGAAAAAGUUAGCCAGCGGGAACGCGGCCCACAUCUAGGUCCUCACGAUGGUGCUGCUCUUCCGGACAAGAGCGUUGCAGCUACAAAUAGUGGUCCGUCUAGUUGUAUCAGCACUCCGAAAAAAAUCCUUCGGAUGCUCCCGGAUGCGCGCGUGCCGGGUUUCUUCAAGAAAACGAAAGUGGUGUUGGGUGAUGAACUUCUUGAAGAGCAGAGACAUAAAGAUGAAACCUCGGCUCCUCCUGGAGGAGGUGGUAGUUUCCAUCGUCAAGGGGACGAUGGUGCGGAUACACGACAAAUAGCAGGAGCUGCUGCUGCUUCUGCACAUCAAACAUCCGGCGGAGAACAAGAGCCAGUCCUGACACCGGCCCGAUCUGAAAAGCAAGAACAAAACAGGCUUUUCAUGUCCGAGCCGAGUACGGAAGACCGACCGCGAGGUGGAGUGGUGGCGAUUCCGAGGCGACGGCCAUUUGAGUUACCAGACAACGUGCUUACCCACUACUACCUGGACGGCGCGUCGGCGCUGUGCGCUUCCGAAGGUCUGGAGCUGACUGGAAGUGAGAAGGUGUUGGACCUUUGCGCAGCUCCCGGCGGCAAAUCGCUCGUGCUUGCCUCGCAACUUUUUCGCGACUAUUUUUCUUCGAGAACGACGCAGAACGACAACGACAACGAAACUCCAGAGAAUGACCUUGCGGAAAACCCACCGAGAUUUGGUCUGGACCUUGCAGGUAGUACCAUUAGUACGAUGGCACAAGAAGAUGAAGAACUCGCGGGUGGCGAGGACAGCGACACCGCGCCGUAUGUUUGCACCGAAAAAAUGCCUGCUGAGAAGGCUUCAAGUGAUGAGGGACGAGUCCGAAUUAAUAACGACGAAACUACACCAAGUACUGUAACUGGCAAACGACAAGAAGAUGAGGAUCUCCCGACGACCCCGCCCGAUCGUCCUCUCUACUCCAAAUCCAACCCGAACCACAACAUCAACCGGGCGGGUAUCCUUUCCACUUCGACAAGAAAUACCACAUCGGGUGGACCAAACCGCGGCACAGGGAUCACCCCGUCGAGUUCCAGCAAAAACAAGACCGCCAGUACAACUAAUAUGAGCAACCUGCCACUCUUGGUGAGCAACGAAUUCUCGAAGACGCGCGCCACGCGGCUCCAAUCCGUCCUGCAGAGCUUUUUGCCCGUGGACCUUUUCGAGCAAAACCUGGUGAAGGUGACCAACCUCGACGCGACGGCGCCCCACUGUGAGUUGUACCGUCUCGCACCGUUCGACGUCAUCCUGGUGGACGCCCCCUGUUUAUCAACUGUAAAAAUGUCUGGGUCUGGAAGAAUUCAUGUUUGUCAUGCUUGUCUGGCAUGACUCUUAAAUCUGUCAUGCACGUUACCUAAGAGCUCCGCUUUUCUGUGAUGCAGAGCCGCAGUUUGUCAUGCAGAAUAGGCAACACCUAGGUAGGAGCUCAGAAACUUGUCAUGCUGAGCCAGUAUUCGUAGCCUCAUCAUGAGACGCCAUCCAGCAUCACAAGUUUCCAGACCCAGACAUUUUUACUUUUGAUACUGUUCUACCGAUCGACAUCUCUUGUCCAGUCCGAUCGAGAUGGCGCGGUGGUGCCCGAAAAGCGUGGCCGCAAACGCGGACCGGCAGGUGCACCUACUGUGGACCGCGAUUUUCCUCCUGAAAAAGCACGGCAAGAUCGUGUAUUCCACGUGCGCACUCUCGCGGCACGAAAACGAAGAGGUCGUCGAGCGGAUCCGAAAAAUUGCCAAGGACAAAGCCGACUGCGAGCUCGAGGUAGAAAGUGCCAACUUUUUCCUGCCGGAUGAACCCAUGAAGUUCGGUCCGCUGUUUCGCUGCGUCAUGACCAAAAAGAGCGGAAAAAUUGGCGCUCCGCCGCCACUAACCGCAGGACGCAAGGGCAAGUAGAACAGGAAGGACAGGACGGGGAAAUAAAGAUGCGAGGCUGGAUCCCGACUCGUGGUCUACGUCUACCAUGAAUAAGAUAAAAAAAGAAGCCGAUGGCAAUGACAGAAGAACUUUCUCUAAGCGACGCACUAAAGGUAGACCUGCCACAAUUGACAUAGAGCGACAUGCUGAUUUUUUUCGACCCGAU